AUGGGCAUGUCAAACUACAACAAGAACCUGUUCGUCGGGCUGGGGGGAAAAGACGCCAUCGACCUUUCUCACUUCAUCGGGGCCUGUUACGGGAUGGAGAGGAUGAUGGGAAGGGCGGACAAUCCCCUGAGGCGCAUCCUCAACCGCGCGGCGGACGAUUUUUUGCAAAAGCUGCCCCUGGUGUAUAUUUUGACAGUGAUAGGGCCUGCAGGAAACAGUGGGGGGCUGGCCCUCCGAGGACUGUUCAUUGGAAACGACGAGGAGUGCUUCAACGCAGCUGCCAAGCUGUCACUGGAAGUCAACUUCACCCUUGUACCAAGGCCUAUCCAGAAGGCGGUUGUGUUCCUAGACCGCGAUGAAUUCAAAUCCACGUGGUUGGGGAACAAGAGCAUCUACCGGACGAGGAUGGCGAUGGCGGACGGCGGGGAGCUCAUCGUGAUGGCCCCGGGGGUCGCCAAGUUCGGCGAAGACCCCGACAUUGACGCCCUCAUUCGCAGGUACGGCUACCGAACAACCCCAGAAAUUAUGGAGUUCUUGAAGAAGGCCCUCGAGCUGCAGAAGAGUCUCAGUGCCGCGGCGCAUCUCAUCCAUGGUUCCUCCGAAGGACGCUUCACCAUCACCUACUGCCCCGGGGGGCUAACUCGGGAGGAUGUGGAAGGAGUGGGCUUCAACUACGCCCCCCUUGCGGAGAUGAUGGAGCGCUACCCGCCCUCGGAGAUGCGCGAGGGUUUCAACGACAACGGGGAAGAGACGGUGUUUUUUGUCUCGAAUCCCGCUCUUGGGCUGUGGGCCGUGCGAGACCGCCUCAUGAGGGAAGGGGAGGACCAAGGAGGGGGGGGGGAAGAAGAGGAACAGGCGCCUGUACAAAUAUAGUAUUGG